AUGGCUUCCACUACUUUCGCCGCUGUUACUCUUGUGCUGUUCUUCUCGUGGCUGUUGCUGCUGGCUGAAGGAGGUGGAAAUGCGGGGGAUCCGACGAGAGGGUUCGUGGCGCUGCCACUGACCGCAUCGCAUAUGAAGGUUCAGUGGCCGUAUGACCUGCGAAAGGGGGAGCGUUACAGCUUUGAGAAUGGCGUCCACACGCUCAAGGUUUACUCCAACGACAAGCCACACUCUAAGGAAAGCCACACCAGGCCUCGCACCGAAGUCCGUAUCGCUAUCUCUACUAUUCAGCUGUUUUCAUGGCUGUUACUUCUAGCUGAAGGAAGAGUCGACAGUGGAAGUACAAAUGCUGAUCCCACGAGAGGGUUCGUCGCGCUUCCACUGACUGCAUCACAUAUGAAAGUUCAGUGGCCGUAUGACCUGCGAAAGGAGGAGCGUUACAGCUUUGCCAAUGGCGUCCACACGCUCAAGGUUUACUCCAACGACAAGCCAUUCAAACAACACAGCCCCACCAAGCCUCGCACAGAAGUCCAUAUAACCGGAUACGAUUAUUCGUCUGGAGUGUGGCAGUUCGAAGGGCAUGGUUUCGUUCCGAGCGGGACAUCUGGUGUGUGCAUAAUGCAGGUCUUCGGUGCGAGCGAGCACGCUUCGACUCUGAUGGUUCGAGUUUACGGCGGCAACCUGGCGAUCUACAGGUCCAAAGUCCUUCCCGACAUCUACGACAGAUGGUUCAGGUUGAACGUGAUUCACAAUGUGGAUGAUGGUGAGGUCAAGGUCUACGUCGACAGAUCACUUGUGUAUAAAGGACCCGAUCACGGCGGCAAGUCUCACUACUUCAAGUUUGGAGUCUAUGCUCAGAAUGAUGAUUCUCGUCUCAUGGAAUCUCGUUGGAAAGGAAUCAAGAUUUUAAGAAAGAAGUCAUAG